AGAGGUAGGCGGUUGUUGCCUGUUAGUGCGGAGGUCGAGCGGUUCCUCAACGCAAACCUCCCAGGCCUGGGUUGCGGGCUCGAGCACGUUGCUGAGGCUUUUACUGAGCCGGCGCUGGUUGGUGCAAGCGGUCUGCUGACUUGUAUGGGAGAGGAAGAGGACAAGGCUGCCCGGGCCUGGUGCGUGAAGGAGGGGUUGCGCUUUUAGCUUUCCCCGGGAUCCCCGCGUUGCUCUGGGGGAUCGAGCCGAAGGAGUCAGGCCCUGAGGGUGGAGGGCUCGUGGUUGUUGUGGGCUUCGGGUGUAGUGGUUGGACUGCAGCCACACAUAACACGGUUAUAAUGUGGGCGUCCUCCAGUGUGUCUGAAUUGUAGAGGUUAUAGACAAGUACAGGUGUUCUGGGUUAACAAGUGCGAGGGAACACUUAGGCCGUUUUCUGUGCGGAAAGUUAGGUGCUUCUGGAGAUAGUCGCCCCAAGGUCUCAUGGUGGUUAGAGAGGAGGUGUUAGCAGCUGUAGGGGCACCAUUAGGCCACGUGGCCUCGCAGAAUCUCGGAGUAGGAAGGACGCUUCGGUGGGAAUGCUUUCUAAAAAUUCAGUGAAAGCAAAUAAGUGAUGAAUAACAAUUUUGUGAAGGACUUGGAGAAAACAUCAGGAAUGGAUUCUCUGGACUACAUUACAGCAUCUGACUCAGCUAUGGAAAUUGAAAAUCAAAGUGAUAACUCUUCCUCUGGUAGCAGUUUAUUUAAAACUCAGUGUGUUCCUUAUUCACCUAAACGGAGGCCAAGAAAUCCUAUUAGAAAGUGUGUUCGUUCACUUGAAAGUGUUCAAGCAACAGAUUCAUCCAGUGACUCGUCUUUAGAACCAAGACCAUUGACUUUAAAAGCUAUUUUUGAAAGACUUAAGAAAAAGAAACGUAAAAAGAGGAAGAAAUAUAAGCCAACAGGAAGACAAAGGGGAAGACCAAAAGGAAGGAAAAACACGAGGUCACAAAUAAAUAAGAAACAAUUUAAAGAUAAAAGACAACAGUUAUCAUUUUUGGAAUCAGAGAAUGGAAGAAAACCAUUACCUUGGAGAAAAAUUUUAACUUUUGAGCAAGCAGUGGCAAGAGGAUUUUUCAACUACCUUGAAAAACUGAAGUAUGAAUACCACCUCAAGGAAUCCUUAAAACAGAUGAAUGUUGGUGAAGAUUUAGAAAAGGAUGACCUUGAUAGUCGUAGAUACAAAUACUUGGAUGACGAUGGAUCUCUCUCUCCUAUUGAAGAGUCAGCAGGAGAGGAUGAGGCUGCAGCAAAUCUUGAACGUGAUGAUGAAUGUGAUAUUAAGUUGGUGGAGAAUAAUUAUUUCAUAAUAAGUUCUGAGUUACCAAAGAAGAACUGAAGAAGCUGCUUUAUCUAAAAAUCAAAGUCCAAAAACAUGGGACAGAAGACAGAAUGGCCUGAAAAGGAGACAGGAAUAUGAAUGCCAAGGGUUUUACCUUACAUGUCUGGACUUAAAAGGAGUGAAUAUGAUUUGAACUUACUCAUGUUUAGAGGGUGUGUGAAAUUGAGAAGCCAGGCCGAUCCAUCUACUCUGACCCUAACUGUGGUUCUAAAAGUAAAUUGCAUGAAGAAAUAGGGUCCCAAAGAUACAGGUGGGGAAUUGUUGAAGUAUGUCCAUAUUCAAGUGUAGCUAAAAGAAGAUCAACUGAAAGAACUGUGGCAAGUUAUCUGUCUUUAUUUUACCAGACCAAAUUGUCGAUGUAUAAUGGUCAUUACCAAGGCUUUUAGAAUGCAGUUUCUCAUUUGCUGUGGACAUGACCACAAAAUAUUUUCCCAUUAGGUUUUUUUUCCUGCUACAUUGGUAGCAUUCAGCCUAUUGGGAACAUUUUCUUAACCCUUGUUUUCAUUGUCUAGAUUAACACUGUCCAAUAUAAAUACAACACAAGCUAUAUGUAAUUUUGAAAUAGGCAUUGGUAAUUUUUAUAUAGCUGCCUUAGAUCUCUGGAGUCUUGCAGAUGUCCUCUGUCUAAUCCUUCUAGGUUGCUAGUGACCAGAUAGUUUGUGAUCACACGAUCAUCUUUAUUGUUAUUUAGGACUACUGAAAUGACAACUGGAUUGAGCCAAAAAAGGGAUUAAGGAGUCAAACUCUGGAGAAACUAAGUCAGUGUGUGGAAAGAUUCAGAACAUGUGGAAUUCCUUAAAUAAAAAUUUAUUAACUUUAAAUAAUUGUGCCUAUGUUACAAA